GAGGAAGAGUGAUUUAGUGAUCUGGCUUGCUUGAACGUUUCCAUUUUUGCUUUUUACUGUCUGUGCAGAUGCUAGGGAGACUCCAGCUUUGCAUCCGGAAAACAGCAAAUGCCUCCCUGUGUGCUGACUCUUUGACCUUGCUCCACAAUCAGAGACUGACAUCCACCCCUCAAAGGCAUAGACAACAAAAGAAAUUACAUUGAAAGCAAACCAGGAGGGCUUAACCUGCUGUGAUGUUUGCCAGGAUGUCUGAGCUCCGGGUUCUGCUGUUAAUUGUUCUGAUGGGAAAGUCUGCAGAUGGGUUCUUCUUGAAGCUGUUGCCCCACGACCUGGACCCAGAUUGGACUCCUGACUUCUACGAUUACAGCUACGAGGAAAAUAUCCAGGACGAAAACACCAAUACUUCACUGGCCUACUCUGAGAACCCUGACUGGUAUUAUGCAGAUGAUGAUCCGUGCCAGUCCAACCCCUGUGAACAUGGUGGGAACUGUGUCAUCAGCGGGGACACCUUCAGGUGCAGCUGUCAGCCCCCCUUCUCUGGGAACAGGUGUCAGAAUGUGGAAACCAGGUGCAGGAACAACCCAUGUGGCCAAGGCGAAUGUCUCAUCACCCAGAGUCCUCCCUACUACCACUGUGCCUGCAAACAUCCUUACACAGGUCCAGACUGUUCCAGAGUGCUUCCGGUGUGCCGGCCAAAUCCCUGCCAGAAUGGUGGCCUCUGCUCCCGCCAUAGGCGGAGAUCCAAGUUCAGCUGUACCUGUUCUGAGCAGUUCAAGGGAAGAUUCUGCGAAAUAGGCUCUGAUGACUGCUAUGUCGGUGAUGGCUACUCUUACCGGGGCAGAGUGAGCAGGACAGUCAACCAGCACACGUGUCUGCACUGGAACUCCCACCUCCUCAUGCAGGAGAAUUACAACAUGUUCAUGGAGGAUGCCGAGGGCCAUGGGAUCGGGGAGCACAACUUCUGCAGAAACCCAGAUGGGGACCAAAAGCCCUGGUGCUUUAUUAAAGCUAACAGUGAGAUGGUGAAAUGGGAGUACUGUGAUGUCUCCGCUUGCUCAGCUCUAGACACUGCCAACCCAGAGCAGAGGCCCGUGGACUCUCCGAUCCAGCAUUUGGGGUUUGACUCCUGCGGGAGGACGGAGGUUGCAGAGAGAAAGAUCAAGAGGAUCUACGGAGGCUUUAAGAGCACAGUGGGCAAGCACCCGUGGCAGGCAUCGCUGCAGACCUCGGUGCCUUUGGCCACCUCCAUACCCCAAGGCCACUUCUGCGGUGGUGCACUGAUCCACCCCUGCUGGGUGCUCACUGCUGCCCACUGUACUGACAUAAAGACCAAACAUUUAAAAGUUGUGCUAGGGGACCAGGACCUGAAGAAGACAGAAUUCCAUGAGCAGACCUUCAGAGUGGAGAAGAUAAUCAAGUACAACCACUAUAACGAAAGAGAUGAGAUUCCACACAACGACAUUGCUUUGCUCAAGUUAAAGCCAGUGGAUGGGCACUGUGCUCUGGAAUCCAAAUACGUGAAGACGGUUUGUUUGCCCGAUGAUUCCUUUCCCUCGGGGACUGAGUGCCACAUCUCUGGCUGGGGUGUGACAGAAACAGGGGAAGGGUCCCGACAGCUUCUGGAUGCCAAAGUCAAGCUGAUUGCCAGCACUUUAUGCAACUCCCGAAGACUCUAUGACCAAACGAUUGAUGAUAGUAUGAUUUGUGCAGGAAACCUUCAGAAACCUGGGCAAGACACCUGCCAGGGUGACUCUGGAGGUCCUCUGACCUGUGAGAAGAACGGCAUCUACUACGUCUAUGGGAUUGUGAGCUGGGGCCAGGAAUGUGGGAAAAAGCCAGGGGUCUAUACCCAAGUUACCAAGUUCCUGAACUGGAUCAAAACCACCAUGCAAAAGGAGGCUGUCUGAGGUCCUGGAACCUCGGAGCCCACCCUCCUCUGCACCAGACUAAGCAGACCUCAUGGGCAGCGAGGCGUACAGCGGAGUGUGCUGCUCUAGGCAGAGACACCUGCCGCCUGCCCUGGGUCGUGCCAGCCAGCAUGCAGAGCACUUCCCCAGGCUCCCUCUGCCUCCCUGGGGAGCCCAGGAAUGAGGCACUCAACACUGGAUGUAUUAGCUUUGCUUCCCUUCGGACAACUGUACCUUCUAGAAAAUCAGUGUUCACAGAGCCUGCCUCUGCCAGGGACACCUACAAAUGCGAGAUCACAGAAUGCCCUGCCCCAGUGACGGUCACCUUGACUCUUUACUCUCAUCCCAAACACCUAAAGUACUCAACAGCCCCCAUUCUCAUCCAGGUAUUACAGAAAAGAACAAAAAUACAAUAUCUUCUAUUUGCUUUCAGAGUUGUCAUUUUAAUAAAGGCAGAUCUGGA